GCGCGUCCUCGGAGGGCUGGCCGGUCUGGGUCUCUCGGGAGGAUUCCGCUCCCUCUCCCGCCCUGCUGCCGCUCACGAGGCGUCUGGCGGAGUCCCCACGGCAGACUUCCCUUCUCUCCCUCACUCUCCCGCUCAUUCCGAGCCCCACCCUCCCGCCAACCCACUCACCCGCUGGAGGGGGCGGGCUGUGGCGGCCGAGGCGGAGCCGGGCGCCAGGCCAGGGUGGCUCCAGGCGCGGCCGGGCUAGCCCGUGGCGUCGUCCCUGCUGGCCAGAAGCGCCGCUCGCCGCCCCGCUGCGCCUUGUGUGCGCGCAGGCGGGAGUGACUCGGCGGAGGUGCGCGGCUCGGCGCGGGCUGCAGGUGGCGGCGGCGGGGAAAGCGGCGGCAGAAGCAGCAGCAGCGCCAUGAGCGGGACUGGGGCGGCGGCCAGCGCCGCUGCCGCUUCUCUGGCGGCGGGCAAGAGCGAGAAACUGGACGAGGCGCAAGCGCUGGCCCGCAGCUGCGCCGGGAGACCCGACUUCCAGCCUUGCGACGGGCUGUCGAUGUGCACCACGCACAGCCACGGACGCUGUUUCCGCCUGCACUGGUGCUGCCACCUGGGCUGGUGCCACUGUGAGUAUUUUGGGGGACCAGGAGGAGGGGGAAUGGCGCGGGAUGGGCGGGCCGCCCGGGCGAGCAGCGCUCCUUGGCCCCUCGCAGGACUUCCAGAGGCUUCCUUCCUUCCUGCAAGCGCAGGGAGCCCCCUGGCUGAACGCUGCAGAGAUCCCUGUCGAGGCGGGGAGUGGCGCGCCGUUUGGGUGGUGGUUUGCUAGCCGCGAGGGAGGAAGAGCAGGCGAGCAUCCCCAAGCCCCGGCGGGGGGGGGGGCGGUGAGAGAAGCACACCCUAUUUGCCCCCCUGGGAUUCGGAUCCUGAGGGGGCAGGCAAGCUCUUGCCCGCCUUCCUUCCCUUCGCCUCGGUGGCUCUGUGGUGCCCGGAGGGCAGGAUUUGACGGCGAGAUCGAUAGUGGCUGAUCGCAUGGCACCCGGAACACGAUGGAUUUCUCCAUCCUCCCAGCCUGCAUGUAUCUGAUGAGGCAAGAAAGGGAUGGGAUGGGCUCGCUGUGAAGCUGUGUUAGUGGCAGUAAUGGGUAAAAGGUGGAAGGGAAGCAGAGGGGUGCGCCUGCCCUUCUUCUCUGUUGGCAGAACAGAACCACACUCCCCUCUCUCCCCGCUCCACGUAUCUUUUUUUGUUUUAGGGGGGCUGAGAAGCAGCAAACCUCCCAUAUAAUCUUAGCCUCUGUCGCUACAAGAAGGCGCUCUCUCUUCUAUCUCUGAUAACCGCUGGAGUUGUAGAUGCCUUGUAUGUGAACACAGAUGUUCAGGCAGGAAAUGGAGCCAACAUUCCGUGGGAUGGGCUGCACUAUUUGUAGGUUUUCCUUACUGGAUUCUGUACACUAAGAGUGGCUCUCAUAAUGUGUAUGAAGUCGAAGUUACAUCAACGUAUAAACACUAGUGGUUGAAGCAAGGCGUUUAGUUUGGCUGUUAUUUUUAUUGUAUUUGUUAGCUGGUUUUCUUACAAAGUGAGGCUGAGUGACUUAAUGCUAAAAUCAGUUAAGAACCAAAAAAAACAACAACCCCAAACCCUAAAAAGACAGUAGUGCAAAUAAAAGGCUAAAAACACAGCUGAACAAAAAGGCAGGACUACAGGUCCUGUCCUACCCAAAGAAGCCAUGCUACCCCCUUUCAAAUCAAGAGCCAAAAACCUCGGUAAAUAAGAGAAAAUUCUUUGCCUGGUGCCUAAAUCUGGAUAAAGAUGGCACUAGGCGUGCCUCCCUGGGGAAAGAUCAGAAAUACCCAUCAGAAAUACCUUCUUUUGUAGGCUUGCUGUCUCAGGCUAGGCUUGCUGAUUCAUAGUGGUUUUAAAAAUUGGUGGUUUCUGUUAUUUAUUCUCUUAUAGUAUGGAGCUGCAUUUAAUAGAGCCUGUAAUCUUAUUGCUAUCUCGUUUCCAAGCUAUUAAAGGUUCUUCCCUGGCAACCUGAAAUUUAAUCUAUGUCCAAAGAAUGCUUCUAAAAUGUACUAAGGAAUGGUUUAGUUCAAAUGUAUUCAUUCUCAAUUAAGGUUUUGGUUUUUUGCUUUAGUCAUACACAACCCUCCCUUGUCCAAGCUAGAAACACCUUAUUGAAUGAUAUGAGGUGACCCAGAGUGAAGGGCAGGCCAUGCAGAAGAAAAUAGAUGAUAAACGAUUUGCUCUUUCUUCCCAUUUUUAUUGGUAUAGUUGUCAUGAAACUCAGUGCCACACCAUCUAUCUGGAACAAGUCACACAGCAAAUCUCAGUUGCCUGAUGUGGCCAUUUCAUUAUCUACAGCAAGAAAACUGAGAGGUAGAUGCAUUGGACUUGUUACAACAGAGAAAUUGCAUUUCAAUUUUCUGCUUCAGCAUCCUGUUGUUCCCAUCCAAGUCUCUGUGGGGUUUUCUCUCCACUCACAAAGCAUCAUGACUCAUGUCCCAGUCCUUGUGACCUGAGGAAAUUUAUAUAUUAGGGUAGGAUUCGUUGUCAUUUUCUGUUUUUAAACUAUAUCUCAUUUAUAAAUUUAGAGGAUUGUUGUAUCUCCUUUUGAAAACUGCUUGCUCCACAAUAAAUUGUCAAGCUAUCAACUAAUGGUGUGUACUUCUUGUCCAAAUCUAUAUUUUCAUACGUUUUAAUGGCCUCACCUUUCCCUUUCUUUGAUCUCAUUGGGUUUUGCUUUUCAUCCCUUCAUUUUGGAAGCCCUAGUGAUGCAUCAACUUGCUAACAAAUGGCAAUAAAAUUAAAAUUCACUUGGGACUGUGGACAUGGUUAAGAUGAACUACAACUCCAUGCCCUGAGUUAUAUGGACACCACCAUUCUUAAACCCACCUUACCCCUUUGUGCUGUUUCAGCCUACAAAAUUAGGCUGUUGCUGAGUAGAACAGUGCUCCACUAAAGCUCUAAUGAUGUCAUACACAUUAGUGUUCACUAAAUGCUCUCUAAUAAUGUUUUUGGUUUCCUGUUGGUAAAGCACACUGUUAAGCCUUUUUGAAUCUGCUGCUUUAGUGCUUCUAAUCAAGUGGAUAAGUUGAUUCUCCCACUUGCACAUCACUACGGUCACAGCCUGAUCAGGUGCUUUCUCCGAUAUCAGGAUUGACCAAGAUUUUGUGAAAGCAUUCAGUAGAAAUACUCCCGUCUGUAACUGAUCUUAAAGAGCUCUUAGCAAUUUCCAAGGACUCUGUGCAGAUAACCAUUAAAACAAUGCACUCCUUUCCAUUUGCAGUGGAGGGAAUCCAGCCAAAGUUAUAUCAGGAUUGGACAGAAUGGCACUCGGAGGGCCAAACUGAACAUUAUGUUAAAUAUAUAUUUGCAUUUGUUUGAGUGUUGUGUUUUUUUAAAAAUACUGUAUUUUUUCAGUGUAUAAGACGGGGACUCAAAAUUCAGAAAAUGGGGGGAGAUUGCCCCCCAUGUAUAAGCCCCCCUUUUAACAUUAUUUUUUAGUAAAUAAACCUAGUCUUAUACACAGAAAAGUAGAGUAAUAGCUCUGGGCCUCCUAAUUUGGAUUGCGACUAUAGCCCUGGCUUAACCCUUUCCCUCUGCUCCAUGAUCCUAAAGAAAAUUCCCUCAAAGCUAUUUGUCCCAGGAAGACAUAUCUGCAGUUGAAGGGUUUUGUCCCUGCAAGUCAGAAGGUAACAGCACUCAUCCUAGACAUGGAGAAUUAAUGAGUUGGUACUAGUUGCAGAGUGACACGGGUGGCGCUGUGGGUUAAACCACAGAGCUUAGUACUUGCCGAUCAGAAGGUCGGUGGUUCAAAUCCCCGUGAUGGGGUGAGCUCCCGUUGCUCGGUCUCUGCUCCUGUCAACCUAGCAGUUAUAGCUGCAGUCCUAUUCACAAUUAUUUGGAAGUAAACAAAUCCGGGGACGCGGGUGGCGCUGUGGGUUCAACCACAGAGCCUAGGACUUGCCAAUCAGAAGGUCGGUGGUUUGAAUCCCAGUGACGGGGUGAGCUCCCGUUGCUCGGUCCCUGCUCCUGCCAACCUAGCAGUUUGAAAGCAUGUCCAAGUGCAAGUAGAUAAAUAGGUACCGCUCCGGCGGGAAGGUAAACAGCGUUUCCAUGCGCUGCUCUGGUUCGCCAGAAGCAGCUUAGUCAUGCUGGCCACAUGACCCGGAAGCUGUACGCCGGCUCCCUCGGCCAAUAAAGUGAGAUGAGCGCCGCAACCCCAGAGUCGAUCACGACUGGACCUAAUGCAUCUCCAGGUAGGGCCAGGAAAGGCACCUAUCUGCAACCCUCAGGAGCCUUUUGCAGUGAAAGUGAAACACAGGUAGGGCCCCUCUGUCUGGCCUUCUGAACUCCCUAUGCUACACCUCAUAGGGUUCUCCAUACUCCAAAGGUCCUUGACCUCAGUCAAUGCCUCUUGCUUCUCUGGAUGGAGGAUGUGAGUAAAUAUUACAUGAGUUGUUUCACUCACUUUUGCCUCUGGUUUUGCCCACCACUGGCAUGCAGCCCUCCAAAGGUUGCCCAAAAAGGAAUGUGAGCCUAGGGCUGAAAAAGAUUCCCCAUUCCUGGUGUAGGUAGUGCUGAACUGGAUGGCACAGUGGUCUUUUAGAAGGCAGCUUCCUUGCUUCCAAAUGGACCAUCUCUCAUUUCUAGGAGAUUGCCCCAUUUAUUAGUGCUAAACCAAUGAUUUCUUUGUUGACAUACUCUGAGCCUGCUGCGAUUUUUUGCCAAUGGAGAAACAGGGCUGGAAAGGAAGUGGAAAGCAAAGUUCUUAGGGAGAAAAUUGAGUCAUUAUUGAGGACAUAAAUAUCAUAGGAAUCCAUAAGAUCACAAAGGCUUGGCUAGACAAAUUAUAUAUUGUAAACCACCCUUCAAUCCUCAGAUGAAGGGCAGCAUAGAAAUGUAUAAAAUCAAAUAAAUACAAAAUUAGGCAGCUGAACGUCCUUAUCUAGGGGUAUUGAUGGUCCCGCUGCUCAUCAAGGAUUCAGUCCCCACCUUUGGAGUUCCAGAAUGAGGUGGCAUGUUUAUUUUCAGUCUUUGGUGAAGGAGCAGAAUUGUGACACAGCAGUGGGCACAGAGCAACAAGAGUUCAGUGGCCUGCAGAGUUCACCCCACACAAUUCUUCCUGAACCUGCUCGCUUAGCUGAUUAGUCCCUAAGUGAAAAUUGGCAGUUUAUGAUUACAGUAUUUAAUGAAAAGUUCCACCAGUAGUAGCUGUCGUUUUCCGUCUUUCUCUACUUUGAUGCCAGCAUUUUUUAAAGGUAAUUUAAGGUCCACCCUGGAUUUCUUCUUUUUUACCUCCAGGAAAACCAGUGCAAACAAUUAUAAACUCCUUAUUAAUUUAGCACAGGCUCUGUAUUUGUUUCCCCUUGGGAAUAUUGCAUAUUUAAAUAUAUUAUUACCUAAGAAAUGGCUUGUAACUUUGAGAUGUGGGAAAUGGGUAAUCAGUACAUAUAUGUACACUACUAAUGUAUUAAAAUUAAUUGGCAGUCUUACUUUCUCAGAUUGAUGUAUGAGCAGAUUUUAGAAAAUAAAAGCAAUUUUCAGUAUACAACAUGAGCAGCCAUUUUGCAAUUAUUAUUUAUGGCAAAAUUAUAAAUAUCAGUUUUUGUAGCUUCAACAGACCACAAUUUUUGGGUCUCAAUAUAUUGUUUUCCUAUAUAUUUAAUGACAAGCAGUAUCAUGCCUUUCCAUUCUAACCUCUGGCCUUUAUGUAUAUACAACCUUGGCAAAUAACCCAUAUUGCCUACCCCUAGUUAUGUGAGCAAGGAGAUACUGAGCAUAGCUAAUUACAAUUGUUCUUCUUGGUAAAAAAAAAAAAGUGACUGUUGCCUUGGGAGCAAUUUUAUAUUAUUGCAGAGCCUCUCAAUUUUAUUUUUGUGUGCUUGGGAACAGUAAAUGGUAGCUAUGAUCAAGCUGGAACAUACUUAUCUUUUCAAUGGGCAAUGGAAAGAGACUUCAUAGGUGGACCGAGGGCUCAUCCACACUCCACUCGUCCCAUGCCUAGAAAGCAUAGGGCCAAGCAGUAUUUUAGAUUGGGUCCAGAUGUUUGAGAUUUUAGUCUUGAAAACAUGAUUUUCUGGAUAAUGUACAUUUCUGCAUUAUUAUGAGGGGCACAUCAAAUUGUCUCAGUGCCACAUACACCUUCCAAGAUUGAUUGAUUAUGUAAUAUGGUGUGAAUUUUGGUAGCAUUGACAUUGACUCCCAUAGCUCUUUAUGCUUGCUUAAAUAACAGACAAUGGAAAAAUACAAGUCUGUUAAAAUGUUUUUGUAUUUUUCUUCAUUUUAUUCCUCCUUCUAUCCCUUGGGCUCAGAGCAUCUUAUAGUAUUUUUUUCUUAAUCUUAGUAGUUGUGUCCCUAAGGCGUCUAAGAAAAUCAAACAAUUUGGUGAUAAACGAUACCAACUGAAAUAAAAAUAACAUUGUACAUAGAUAUCAUACCAUAUAACCAAACCAUUACAACCAAUUUAUCACAGACAUUCUUAGUAUGUGAACAUAGUUGUUAGUGGCAGGCAAACUGAAUGUGAUAGCUAUCAUGUGUUCACUAUCAUUUCCACUGGUUGUGUAAAUUGGCCCUGAGAAGAUCUGUUCCACAGCUGACAUCUGUUUCUUUUAUCUCUAUGAUGAAGAGAAGGGAGGCCUGGAUUGCUCAAGUGGCAGGCAUGAACAGAUGUGGAACAAUAUCAAGGAUUAAAAUCAAACCUUCACAUAGAAGGAUUAAUUUUGCACAGUGCAUUGAUUUUUGCUUCAGAACUCUGUAAUAGUUUUUUUCAAUUAAGCUCUCUCUUUUUUUGUAAAUGCAAAACAGCAGGAUGCAUCACACACAUUAUACAUCUGCUGAAAAAGCUUUUUGAAAUAUUAUCUGAUAUUGACCUACUGGUGCUAGAUGACCUUGGGAAAGUCAGCUAAAGAGUAGACUUCUAAUUCUGAACAUAUGACUGAACUCUGAUUUUUUUAAAAAAAGAACCCCUUUUUAUUUUUGUGAGGAAAAUGGAAUGGCCAAGUGAAAUCCAGUCAUUAUAGACAUUUGCCAUUUUUAUUAGACCAUAGCUCAUCAUUCUCUUUAAGUUUCACAGGCAUCAGAUAGUAAUAAUUUUCUACCAGUGGUACACUAGUUGGUAAGGGAUAUUUUGAGGACCGAUGAAGGAGUAGCUGUGAUUACAGAUGGUGUUAUGCAUGUGCAACAUUGUCUGAGUUGAUAAUUUUCUUGAGAGUUUAUGGGCUUUGUCAGAGUUCAUGGUUUUCAAGGCUAGCAGGGACCACUCUGACCACAUAGCCCAACCCAGAGAGCAUCACAGAGUAAUUUAUUCACUUGAGGAUAUUUAUUACUACUAGCCAGCCUGACUCACUUGUAGAUGAAUUAUAGUGAUGCUUCAUUCAGGCUGCAGUAUAAUAUGCCACCUGCACUUCUUCUUAAUCUUUUCCGGUAGUUAAUUAUCCACACUGUUCAAAAAGUGGCAUUUCAUUUCUAUCUUGAUUUUAAAAAAUAUAUAAUUUCACAUUCCGCUCCUUGAAUGUAUCUUUAAAUUUUCUGUUUGAUAUGUUGAAAGAGCCCUCUACAAUCAAAUAGCAUCUCCUGGGACAAGUGUUUAAAGUUUUGUAAUCAAGUUGCUUCUUCUCUUGUGAUUAAUCUGAACAGAUUGAGGUCAUAGUCAACCCUGUUAAAAUUGUUAGCAGAAUCAAUCACAAAACGGGAGCUGAUAACUUUAUUGUAGAAUAUGAAAAGAGGGGUGGGAACUGUGAAUUAGCAGAAAUAUAUGGAUUUUCCACUUGAGAGAGUGGCACAUCAUCAAAAUCUUAAUUCAAGACAAGUUUACAUGCCUUUGUGUGGAUAAGGGUGCUCUCAAGAAUUCUUUGGCGUAUUUGUAUACACACGUUUCUCAAAAUUGGACAAAAGUGCAAGUUCUUGUAUUACAAAUUGCAGGGACACUACUGUCAUUGAAAAAUGUAACCAGGAAAUAUGACCUUGCUCUAACCCUCCUUUAAACUCUCAGAAUUGGUCUUGGCUUUUGGGAAAGCAUUUUCUAAUAGAGUAGAAAGGAAGCCUUGGGUUUAAAUUGCAGUAACAUGGCUUGAUAUUAAAUACCACAAAGAACUUCUGAACUAUAAGAGAGGCUAAACGAUGGAGCGAGCAUUUUGUGGUUAUGGAGUCUUCAUACUUGGAGGUUUCCAAGGAAGGUUCAUCUAGCAUUCUUUAUAUUACAUAGAGUAUUCUAGCUUGGGGAAGGGAUUCUUGACUAGAUGACCUUCUAUACCCCCAAUAAUUUGUAACUUUUUCAUGACUUCCUAUUCUUCCUGUAACUAACUAACUUGAAUCUCAUUUGCAUUCAUUAUUGGCAAAUAAUGAAUAUGGGGGUUGAAGACCUCAGAAAGGAGGCAGCAUAAAUUGUGACAAUAUGUAAUGAAUUGGAAUUUACAUGACAUGGAUGCCUCUUUGGAUCCAAAGGGGGGGGGAUAACAAUGAAAAUGGCAAUGGGCUCAACAUAGACAAAAUCAUUCCCUACCACAGGAUUUUGGGAUAGCCACUGGCAUAAUGGGCUUUGAAAAAAGGACUCUGCAAAUUCAUGCAGGAUAAGUCCAUCACACUGUAAUGAAAUAUCCCAUGUUCAAAGGCAAUUGACUUCACGUUGCUAGAAGCAAACCUCAGGAGCAUAUUAUCGCCUUCAUGUGUAGGGUACACAUGUAUGAUGGAUGGUAACCAUUGAUAAAAGAAUGUUGGAUUAAGUGGACCUUAAUCUGAUCCAGCAAGUGAGUUCCUUUAACAUGUGUGCCUUACUGAGGGGUCUGGAAGUUCCCAGGUCUACUUUUUCAAGCAUUUUUUGCUAUACAAUGUUGACUAGACUGUUGUAUAUGAUAGGAAGCAAUAUAUCUUGUCAUUAUGCAUAUGAAAGCUCCAUCUUAUGAGGAGAAUCCUAUCCUCAAAGAUUUGUGCACAUAACAUGGAAGCAUAAAUGGUGAAAAUGCAUAAUACCUCAGUUAAAAUAAUGGCUAAGUAUGUAAAAUUUGGCUAUGUGUAUGUUUAGAACAUGAACUUGUGGUUCACCCUCGGGCUAAAUAUUAUAGCUAUCUCAAUUCUUGGAAAUGAGCUGGAGACUUAGUUUGUUGAGUGACUGCUCAUAUUACAAAUUCCAGGAAGCCUUAGAGGCCCAUAAAUCAUCUGCUUACCUGUGUUUACACCUUGCUGCCAAUUUAAAGCUUCAUUUAUAAUCCAUAAAAGGUAAAUGGAUCCUGGAAAUAGGCAAUACAGUACACAAACAAAAAUAGUCCAGUGCAUCAUUACAAUUCAGUUUGACUAAACAGAUGAUUAGAUUAAGCAUGUAUUGAGCACCUAUAAUUUUGAAAGUUUGGAGUUAUAUUUCCUGGUAAAAGCUGGUAGUAUUGUCCAGUUGUGAGUUUUGUUAAUACAUGUGUUAUGGACCUCUUCGCUUUUUUCAUUUGGCAGGAGAUCAGCAGUUACAAGCUUUUCUAUUUUAUUUUGGAAAAGACCCAGAUAAUCUUUUCAUCACCUAAGUACUACAAAACAUGGCCAGUUCCCUAGGCUUUAUUGAAAUGCUGCCAUUGCUAAGGGCAUUUGUUGCAAAAUGGUUUACACAUUUAGCCUGUAAAUCUAAAUGCACCCUGCUAAUUGAGAGAUAAGUUGUGGAAAUGUUGGAGCUAGCUCUUGAAGGAAGGGUAGCACAGAGACAAGCCUCAAACCUGCGCAAGUAAUAUGGGCAGAAUUAUGGCUCAUUGAGAUACUGACACUUUAAAUUGAAGAUCUAGUUUAAAAUGCUGUCUCCCAAAUAUCCCCAUCCAUUUUUCUUCUUCUACCUUACACCUUUUACUUAAUCUUCAAUCUGUUCUGGUUUUUCUUAUGUUGUGAACAAUGUACCUUUUAUUUUCAUAAGUGUUAAUGUAGCCUCGUGCAUGUGAUUCUGUUGGGUAGGGGGCUUAAUUGUCCCAUGUUUUGUCUGUGUCUUUUCUUAGCUCAACAGCGGAGUCUUCUCUGUAAGCUUUUCCCAAAUUGGAGUGUAACUUUUAUUACUUUGUAGCUGUUUUCAUUAUUAAGUAUCCUUUUUGAAAAACACGAACCUCCAAGUUAAUAAAGGUGGUGAUUGGGGGGGGGGGGACAGAAGCUGAAAGCGCUUUUCAUAUGUGAGCAACAUUACAGAGGUUCAAAGGUAAACUGGAAUGCUGGGAUCAAUAGAAGCAGAAAAAAGAAUGCUUAAGCAAAUCCUCUGUUUAUUUCACGGUUAGAUACCUUCAAAUUAGCAACAGAAUUUGAUGCUGUGAGGCAGGGAUGCAUACAGACUGCUCAAUUAGUAAAGAACUCUUUUUGAGCUCAACCUAUUGCCUUGUUUCUAACAUGUUUUGCUGGGAAUUUUUAAAAAUGUAAAUAAACUAAUAUUUUGAUGAGUUUAACAACCAGCAUUGCAAGGGGUUGGUCUAGAUUACCCUUCCAACUCUUUAAUCCUAUUAUUCAACGAAGACAUUCCUCUCUUUAAAAUCAGUGAUGUGAUUGGAGAGGAUUGGUGUUUGAUUUUAGGAUAGCAUAGACAGAGAGUUGUGCCCAAGUUUUAUUGUGUAGAUCCAUUGAAAUUAAUGGAGCUAAAUUAAGACAUUUCCAUUACUGUCAGUGAGUCUGCUCACUGGACCAACAUUAGAUACAAUGCAUAAGUUACAGAUAGAUUCUUACCUAUCUUCAUGCACAUAUUUGAGCUGUCACCCAAUUUUUAAAAAUCUGAGGCUACAAUCCUAUACUGUAUAUAAAUGGAAUUAAGUCUCACUGAGUUCACUGGGGCUUAAUUCUGAGUAGACAAGUAUAGGAUUGCAUUGUCUGUUAAUUGUAACCUAAUUGUAUAGGUUAAAUCUACUCCAUCUUAUAAGAGGGGAUUCUUUCUUUUGGAUGGUGUUUGCAUAUGACCUUCUUAAAGUAUGUGUGUUGGCAGUGGGAACCAGAAUCCCCAAGCUUAAUAUUUGCCAUGAUGGAAGGAAAAAGUUUCUCACUUAAUAUCUUCUCAUUGCUUUAAUUCCUAGGGAAGUUUUUAUGCCUCCUGCCCCAGUAGGUACAAAACAAUAGUAUCCUGUCCUCUGUACCACUCAUGUUUAAUCUGGUGUUAGAAAAAGCAUAGAUAGGAAUACAAAAGCCAAAGUAUGUGUUGAAUCUUAUAUAAAAAAAAGGAACAAGCUGUUACGCUUCUACUGGUUACAGACAAAAAAUAUAUCCUCCAAUAACUGUCUAAAGGAAACUGGUAGAGAUCUGUUUACAAUAAUGAGGUAGCAAUGUAAUUGCACAUUAGUGGAAAUGAUUGAUUAGGUUGAUUAUACCAUGUAAGCAAAUGUUCUUUUUGCUGCAAAAAGACCUGUCAUGUCUGCAACAAAUGAGAGCUAUGAAAGUCAACUUCUUCUACUUCUGGGGAAAAAAACAAAAGCAUUGUAUGGAGCUCUUGAUCCAAAUAUGGGAAACAAGUCUCUACCCUGAUUUCCCAGAAUGAUAUGUUGCUAUCCGGUAUGUUGCUCUUGUGAGGGCCAAGUCUUCUACUUCUUCCUUAGUAUACCAUUUUGCAAAUGCAGAUACUGAUUUACUGCUCACAGUUCUCCUCCUUUGUGCCUUUGUGUAUGUUAACUUCUUACAAGCACUGUAGAUGGGUCUGGCCCACAAGAGCAACCAUAAAAUUGGUAUCUUUUAAAGUGCCACAAGACUUCUUGUUUUCACCACCACUGACCUUUCUGGAAUCUGAAAGGUUAAGCCUCUCCCUUGAGCCAUGAAAUAAUUGGUAGAGUAGCUGACCAGCAAAGGCUUGGGUGCUAUAGGUUUUCUGCAAUGUGAUGUUACGUGUUGCUUUCAUUACAGAGCAGCUACUCCCAAUUUUCUGGCACUUUAGUAUGAGUUCUCACACAAUGCAUGUACUUACUUGCGAUUGGGCCACAGUGGUGAUAUUGAAUUACCUGCUCCUAAUGGAAAAAGGGCAAAUCCAUUUCCCCCAAAGAAAGCGCAGCUCUGCUGAUGGUGUUUGUGAUGGAACAAAGCACUUUAUUUCUUUCCUUAGAAAUAAAUGCAUUCUUCUAAUAUAGCCAUUAAUGCUUACGGUUCCUUCUAAGCAUCAGACAGUGUUUGAGUUUUCACCUGGUCAGGGUUAAUUACCUUGGCUGCUUUUAAAAGCCUAGGCACAAUUCAUUUUUUUAUGUCAAAUUACAUAAGGCUUGUGGGAGUCAGGUGUGCUUUGAACAAAAUAAGAGUUUUCUGUAUGCCUUUUUCAAAUAACAUUCAUUUACAGAUUAUUCCACAAAGAUUUGUUUCCUUUUAUUAUACUCAAGUACUAAUAAUCAAGUGACAUUGGUGGGAUUCAUAAGCAAACUAAGUUUAUAGAGGUGAUAUUUCCAUAGCUUCACAGGAUGCUGCCUUAUGUCAGCUUUUUCAAGAAUACUAGACCAGUGUGUUCUCAAUGUCAUUGUGCACAACCACAAGAUAUCAUUAAUGAAAUCAUUCUUAUGCAUUUAGCUCUGUCACAUCUUUGAACAUAGUUAUUUAGGUGGAUGGAUUGAGCUCCAAAAGGGCUGGCACAUAGGGGUCGUAGACCGUAAAUCCACCACCAAACUGAGAUUCUUUUCUGCAUUGUAUUAGUUAAGCUUUUUCUUUGGAACAUGCUCAUGCCUGUCUAGAGCUACUUGUACAGGACAAAUGACUUUGUGAAUAAUCUUCUGUUAAAAGCUAAGAAUUGUUUCUGUGGCUUAAUUUGAGUCAGUCUUGCAUCCUGGGACAUUUUUACAAUUCACGGGCAUGUUAAGUUUAAUAAAGGAGAGUAAAUUGCAGCAGCUUACAUUUCCCUUGCCACUCAGUAGCUGCAACAAGUCUCAACGCACCUGGAAUUAGGAGACAGAGUUUCCAGGUCAAAGGAUGCAUUUUAUAUAUAUAAAAUGCCUUCGUACGUCUCCUUUCAGAAAUUGAACACUUGCAUUUCCCAUCAUUCUUGAAAUUCCUACUAGCAUGCUUACUUUCAUAGACAUACAUUUGGGGAAGUAGGUUAUAAUUAUAUACUAUAGUAUGUGAUCUGUCUUGGACCCCUGCCAUUUUCUGUGCAUUUACUAGUAGAACAUAUGCCUUCUGAAUAAACAUAGUGAUAGAAGGGGCCGCUGACAAAGCUGCAGUAUUUCUUGCUCAUGAAACCUUUGAGAGUUUCAAAGAUGCUGUGUAUCUGAUUGUUUCUGAGUACUAAGCAAGCCUGACCUUGGAUGCUGCCAGGAUAGGAGACCACCUGGGGACCACAUGCAAGUCAUUCCGAGGCCCUUGGAAGAAGAGCAUGGCAAAUACAGUAGGCAAAAAAUAUGCAGAGGCAAAUACUGAGAAAAGCUACCCGCACAAGUAUCAGCCUACUUUGCUUUUUUUGCUUAAAAUAUUUAUAUGAUGUGCUGAACCAUUUUCUCAGGACAGUUUAAGACUGAGAUAAAAAACAGAUGAAAAAUAAAUAGAUCAAUAAAACGCAUACAUACCUAAAGCCCAGAUAACAGGAACUGAUAGAAGGACAUGAGAAAGUAAGAGUGGCUUUACCUGGUGUCAGCAUUACAUCAAGCUAGGCAUCCAGUGCGGCUCCUUGGGGAGAGCAUUCGAGAGCUGAGGUGCCACUACUGAAAAGACCCUUUCUCCAGUAGUCACCUGUCACGCAUAACCCAGCAGGAGCACCCAGAGAAAAGGGCCUCAGAAGGUUAUUGAGAUCUGGGUAGAUGACUCUCCAGGUACUCUGGUUCCAUGUCAUGCUGGACUUUCAGGGUCAAAAAAACAGCACAUUGACUUGGGCCUGGAAAUAGACUGGAAACCACUGAAGCCAGGAAAGCACCAGCAUGCUAUGUUCAAGCACUCCAAUUCCAGUUAGCAAUCUUGCUGUGUUCUGAUUUAACUGAAGUUUCACAUUGGAGUAUUGCAGUGUAUUGAGCAUGGGUUUGCCUUUGAAGACAAAUGGGAGGAUAUCAGGACAUGAAAAACUGAAGCUCGGUUGUCCCUGUCCAGAUAGAGUCAUAGUUAGUACACCAAUAGAAACUGGAAAAAGGUGCUACGGAGACAACCUGCACUUCUAGGGACAUAAGAUGAACCAAUUUUGUAUGUAAUACUUUAGGAGGAGUGCAACUCCCUCCAGAAUGGACAGAACGCUGCUCACCUAGACAGAUAAGCCAGUACUAGCCAUAUCCUCAAACCUCCACUGACAUGUAACUUAACUGUUACAUGUAAACAUAAAACAGCAUGGAGGAUAGAAUAGCACCCUGUGGAGACCCCCAAAAUACAAGUGCCAAGCAGUCUAGCAGUCUUUCCCCAGCAUCACCUAGAAUUGUCUAUCCAAGUAAGAGUAGAACUAGUUAGUCCCCCAGUCCCCAAUUCGUCCAGUCCUGGGGUAUGAAUACAGCAGCUCUGCACAGGGAUAGUUUCUAUUUUGAGUCACCUUUGUGUGUCUUGGAAGGAUGGGUAUUAUCAGCCUUCCACAGUUGGUGCGUUUGGAGGCACAGAUGGGUUGGUUUCCUUGAGUAAUGACUGUGAGCCAGCAAGAAAAUCAAAAACAUAUCCCGUAUCUCCUGUCUGCAGUCUCUAAUCAAAACAUCUUGAUCUAUAGUGUUCUGCAACAUAGCAGGAGCCAGUCAUUAUUUUGGAGUAUUUUAAAUUUAGCAUUUCCUGCAUUGCAGCCCUAAAUCUAAUAUUUGGAAAUAAGUCCCACGGCUUUCAAUGACAGUUACUUCUCAGAAAGUUUGCUUAAAAGAUAUUAGGAAAUAAAACAUGAAACAUACAUUCUGUGCAACCCAGUUUACUUGGAAGAAAUAACAGGUUACGUUUAACCCACAUGGCAAAUACCUACAUGUGAACAGAGUUGUCAGCAACUCAGUGUUUUACCUGCCUGUUUGGUAUCAUUGCAUUGGUUUCAAUAUUAGGUGUUUGAUUUUGGGUUUUUUUAAAAUCCUGUAUAUUAAUAGCAAUCUCAGUUCUGCUUAUGUAGGCAGCACAGCACUAGUCAUGCACAAGAGGGAAGUAACAGCAGACGGGGGAGACUCCCAAGAUCUGCAUGAGUACAAAAAAUAUUUAGGAAAUAAAACUUCAACAGGGAAUUCACACCCCCAAUAAGGACUGAGUAUGCUUAUUCCAUUAGGAUUCUCCUUGCACAGAGCACUUUCCCCCUCUUGUUUCGCUGUACCUCCACAUGGCAUCUGGAGCAAAUUUUGGAAAUGCACAGGGGAGGCGAGGUGGGGAAAAGUCCCAUUGCACAAGCAGAGGUCUUGCUGGUAGUUCAUGCAUUCAUUCAUUUCCUCCCAGGCCACAUUGUAAAGCACAGAUUUAGCGACUGUUUCUGUUUUGAUAAGAGCAUCUGAUACUGACGGUUUCAUGUUCCUUAGACAUCUUAUUAGAUUUUUGAUGCAAAUAGUUUUCGGUCCACUUUCUCCCUCCUCUAAAAUGUUGCUGAGCGUCUCAAACAAUUCAAGUAAGGUAUAUGAUUAGCCUACACCAUGCCUAUGCAAUGGUAGCGGCUUAUCUGAUGGGAAACAACAUUUGAAUAAGGAUGAGCAAACACAACUUUCAAGUAGGAUCUAGAAAUAAUCAAAAGCAAAUAGAUCGGUUUCUUGAAUGUUCACUAGGUGUCCAGAAUUAUCAUCCAAACUCCUGCCUGGAGUUCUGGGCUCUGCGUAUAUGGUGUAGAUUGGAGACUUCAGACUCUGCUAAGGAUUUCUCACCAUGAAUGAGGCCCUAUGCACCCUCUUCACUUGUGUUCCUUACCAGUGGUGGCUGGGAGGCCUCACUUACAAAGAGAAAUCUGUAUUACAGCCUGAGGCCUUCAGACCCUGCCGUUUAGUGCUUUCAUUUCCUCAAAGUAGGGCCUAAAGGCCCAAUCUGAACCAGCUGGCAUUCAUUUUCUAUGAUUUCCCAGCAUCCCUGACUGAAUUAUGCAUGUAUGAUUUCUGAGCCUCGCGCCUACGUCCCUGAGGUAAGGGACUGGGAAGGCCUCAGCAGGUCUGCAUUGGUAGUGCUGUAGCCUCACAUCAGGGUCUAGAGGCAAUAAUAGGACUGCCCAGGAACGUGAUUUUUACUUCUACAGUUUGUAUGCCAUUUGAUCACAGUAAUCUCUAUGUGGCAUGCAAUAGAAAUAAAAAUGCAUUCGAACUAUAAAAUCAAAAUUUGGUUUAAAAGCCAAUUGAAAUGUAAAAGGUCUUCAGUAGAUGCCAGAAGUGCAACAGGGAGGGUGGCCUGUUUCAUAAAAUAGGGUCCACAAUACUGAACAGAAAGUUUUGGGAGUAGCACUUGCUUUAUUAUCCUGAUUAAUUUAGCACUUGCUUUAUUAUCCUGAUUAAUUUUGGAAUGGAGGUGGGCUCCAGGUUGCCUUGACUCUGGUCUGAAGUGAAUUUGUUGCCGGCAGGAGGGGAGCAACUCCCAUAAUCUAGCCACACAUUUUAUUUUUGCAAAGCAUGCGCUUAUCUCAACCUGAAGCUAAAGCUCAAUUCCUGGAUUCCAUACGACCAAAUGUCUGUCUUCUACUUCCCCUCUACCUAAGCGCUCUGCAAGAAACAUAAUAAGGGAUAACGUUAUUGUUGAAAAAUGUUUGUAAUCAUAGAAUGGCCAUUAUUAGGAUGCAAGGUCCACCCGCAACACUUGCCUCCAGAUUCUGAAGCUCAAGUACUCCCUGUGGUUAAAGAUAGGUUAGGGUUGUCAGGCAUUUGCUUAAUGUUUUUGCUCCACACUGUUUGUAGUGGUUAACGUGUGUAAUUGACACAGAUUAGCACUGAAAAUAGAUAAUUGUCAAUCAUUUUGCAUUGACUGGAAUUAGGAGGAUACAUUAAUGCAUAACUACUGGUUUUCAUAAGGUCUGCGCCUUGGGCUUACAAAAUAAGAGCUUUGGAAGGAUGGAGAAGAUGGAAGAUGUUAGCUGUGCUAGCAAGUGCAUAUAUGGGAAAAGGAAGCAGAUGCUAACGAAGGCAUGGCUGCUUUGUUUGCCAACUUGUUUAGCUUGUAAUUCAUUACUGAGAACCUGGAGAGUCAGAGAAAGAAAAGCGCUGUCUCAAAAUAGAGCCAAUUAGUUGUGGGCCAGAACAGUAGAAAGUUUUCACUGAGUGUUUACCACAGUGGCAUCUGAGCACAACAGUAGUCCUCCAUGUUUAUAACAUUUCUGUCACACAGAUGCUCAUGAUGCAUUUUAGAAGACAUUUAAAUUCUAUUCUUUUGGGUUUUUGAAUUGGGCUCAGAUUUCUCAUUCACUGCAACAAAGCUCUGUCUUUUUGCUUUUUAAAAUUCUAUAUGGCUUCCUUUAGCAGCGCUUUCAAGCUUCUUGUUCAAUACAGCAUAAGAGCCCAUUUUACAGCCAGCAUAAUCCUAUUUUCUUCUUAUUUAGCUGAAUUAUCAGAGUGCCAGUGGCAGUCACAGCUUUGGAGUCCUUUCAUAUCCUGCUUUAAAACGUCUUCCGUUGCCAGCUGCAGCCACAAUUGUGUCCAAUACUACCAAAGGGGAAAAUGCAACACCCUCCCAAAAGACAUAUUUGUGUAGUAGGGAAAACAAAAUAAAUGCAUUGAUGAUUCUGGAAAUAUCUGCUGAUUGCUUUUCUGUAGAAGAAUUAUCCUAGAAAAUGGCAUUUAUGGAAAGCUUGCUUUCAGACUGUGAAGAAAAAUAAGCCACAAAUAAGAAUGUGGAAAGAGCCCAGAGGGAUUAAACCAAGAAACCAUCUAGAUCAGGGUUGUUUCCCACAGUGGCUAUGCAGAUGCCUCAUAGAAACCUGUGUGACCAUAGCGCAGUGGGUAGAACACAUGCCUUGCCUUCAGAAAGUCCCACGCUCAAUUUUUGGCUUUUCCAGGAAGGGCUGGGAAAGACCUCCGAGGGCUGCUGCCAGUUAGUGUGGCACAGAGCCUUCAAUGGUUCCACCCUCCUCCCAAUGGCCUAGCAGUGACAUACGUUGCUUCUGUGCUAGACUGGGAGAAAAAAAACCCUUUCCCUCAUCCAGCGAAGGAGGAAAGUCAGCUGCCACUGGAGGAACAGAUUGCUCUGUUCCUGCUCUAGCAGCUCACUUCCCUUCUGCGCUAGGCUGAGAAAAAGAAAAGCCUGCUCCCGCACCCUAGCAUAGAAGGAAAGUGGCUGGAAGGAAAUGGUGUCAAUAUGGUGUGGGUGUGAAAGAGAGGAGAGAGAAAAGUGGGGUUGGGUAGAGAGGAGUGUUCCCACCCACCACCAGUAUGCAGCCCCUAACCACCCCUCGAUGGGAAUGUAGCCCUUGACUUUUUAAAAAGGUACCCCACUCAUUUUGUAGACAAUGCUACUAUUUUAAAUGCCUUUUUCCUGUAUGCUGCCUAGAUAUUAGUCUAUUAAUCACAGUAUAUAAAUACUUUUAUAAAUACUCAACUAGGUGAACGUACUGGUACGUCAUAUAAGGCAGCUUCCUAUGUUCCUAGCCUUCUUGUUACGUUACUUCUCAGCAACUGAUAUUCAGGGCCUAAUACUCGUUUUGUUCCUGACCUAGUUCCUACACAGCAGAAUGUGGCUUCUAAUUCAUCUUUUCAUAUCCUUCACAGGCAAAUACGUCUAUCAGCCUAUGACUCCAGUAGAACAACUUCCAAGCACAGAAAUACCUGUUCGGCCUCGGGGAACCACAAACACCAUUCAGAUAUCUGUCUCGCUCACGGAACACUUUUUGAAGUUUGCACCUGUCUUCCAGCCACCACUACCCCCAGAUUCCCCACGGUUCUGCACAAUCUCGGACCUCUUUAUUGACAAUUACCGUGUGAAAUGCAUCAAUGGGAAGAUGUGUUACGUGCAGAGGCAACCUCCUGCUCCCCCCAAUAAAACGAAGCCUCAGGAGGUCACCACACGCAAUGCCUUAAUUUUGAGAGAGAAUAAUACACCAAAAAUAGAUCAUUGCUCUUCCCCCUCCAGCUCUGAGGACUCUGGGAUCAAUGCUGUUGGGGCUCACUAUAUGGAGUCAUGUGAUGAGGACACAGAGGAAGGGGCGGAGCUAAGUUCAGAAGAAGAUUAUAGUCCAGACAGUAGCUGGGAACCGGAUGAGUGUCCCCUCCUAUCACCCUCACAAUGCGAACUAGAAGUGAUUGAGACCAUAGAAACCACAGUGUGAAGUGCUGAGCUGGAAACUAGCUAGGCAUACUUAAAACAAUACCGGUUUUCUAGCAUUUAUACUAGCUUUUUUUCUGACAGGUCCUUUUUUCCAAUGCACUUGACAACCCACAGAGGAAUGUAGUUAACAGUAUUUAGUCACUUGUGAAUUAGUUGUUUGAUCCUAAUCAAACCACUGAAUUUUCAAGAGCCCUAUUGUAUAUUUUUAAAGUUACAGAUUUGACGUAUUUUUUAGUUCUAGACUGUGCCUGAUUUUGGUAUGGUGCACUUAAUUUGCAAAAAUCAGGUCAAAUUGUAAGCUGUUCCUAUUAGUUCCAAAUUAUUCCUUCAGAGCAAGGAGGCAGCCUUUCAUCAGCACACCAAAUGUUUGGGUGAACAAAGCCCUUCUUUAGCUUUUUUAUUUUAUGUAGGAGACCAAGACCCACAAGUUCUGCAGUCAGUGUACCCCCUUUUCAAAUAACCUGCAUGCACACCACCCUUUUGCAAGCUGCAGAGUAACUCAGGGGGUUCCCAGAAUAAGCACAAUAUACACUUAUUAAUCAUAAUCCUGUUGGAAAAGAAUGAUAACGAUGCCUGAAUUUAAAAUCUUUUUAGGGUGAGUUGUUACACUGCCAAUUGACCAACUUCAUUUGGUCUUCAGUCUGACUUAAAUUGAUUCAUGUGUUACCAACUGAGGCCAAAUUGGAUUGGGUUGCAAAGGUAUGGCAUAGAUGGAAGAGCUUCUAACCUGAAAUAGGUUCAUGAUGUCAAACUUUGUUUUUCUCUCUCCAAACCAGCCAGAUGUUUUUGCCUGGGGUUUGAACACACCCAUGGCAAAACUGAUUAUGUGAAUCUCCCCUUGCCAUCUGCUCAUGGCAGACAGCUGUCAUGAGCCCAUUAUUUAGAAAAGUCUGUCCAGCUGAUCAGUGGUAUAGCAGCAGCUUCUGUAAAAAUAAAUAAAUCACCCAACCCUUUCUGCUGUGCAUAUGUUCAAUACAUGUACACCUGAACUUAAUUUCAUAAGUCAAAUAAUUGUGCAUGAAUUGACAUGGAUGGUAGAAACCAGCUCAGUACUGUAAUAGGGGUGUAAAGGUUUUGUUCGGCUUACUACUCUAUUGAUUUCUUCUUACUCUGAGCCAGUAAUGGUUUAAAAUUUAAGUUUAGUAUUGGGUCCAAAUUAAUAUCAGUUUGGAAAAGGGCAACUUUCCUGCUGGGUUGGACUAUGGCUCCUCCCAUGGUGAUUAAGGCAGGAGAGAAAAAACUUGUCCAGACGUGGUUGGCUUAAAAGCCAUUUCCAUGCCUGUUAGGUGUCCAGCUAAAAGAUACUAAUUCCAGCUGCUGAAACACUUUGGUUUAAUCAAAGUCUACUUGAAAAAGUCACAGCUAAUUGGUCAAACUUUUUCUUCCUUUCACUGUGUCCUUCCAAUUCACAUUGAAAGUUCUCAUGUAACAUAUAGAACAGCUGAAAAGUGUACAGUGAGUAAGACAGGUCUUUAAACCCCCUCAUGUAUUUGCAUCUCGGCUUUAGUUGUACAGAGGCAGGUUAUCCUCUGGGGAGAGAUGCUCUGUGAAUCAGUUCAAGCAUGGUGGCCCUUUGAGUCCUAAGGGUUGGGGUGGGGGGAGUUUAGUCUUAGUCAGAAAUAGAUUACACUUCAGGGUCAAGUGCCGAUGGAUAUAUCGAAGACCUCCCCAAACAAUAUGCUGUGACCACAUCGUUUUUCUGACAUUGGUUAAAUCACUUUCCGUAAGUCUUGGUGAGAAUGAACAUAUAAAUAUGUACAGAUAUAGCUCUCAGUAUUAGAUUAUUUUAUGCUGUGUUGUCGAAUGCUGCUCUUUAAACACUAUCCUAACACAUUACUAAGUUUUCUACACUCUGACAUAGACACUUUUUAGAAAGCGUUUAGAUUACAAUGUGUAUUAUGAACUAUAUAAACUGAUAUUGUACUUUAAAAUAUAAAAAUAACACCCUGAGAAGAAAAAUGAAAUAUUUAUUAUGAUGAAUUAUAUUAAAAUGCAUUUCUUGGCAAAAUGCUGAGGAACUCAAUUCUGGGCAUCACAACUGGUAAAGCCUUUCUUAGCAUUUCUGGAGAUAUAGGAUAUUCUGCUAAUUUUUAAAGAAAAACAUUCUGUUUUAUAAAUUUAGUAAAUUCUAGUUCAUAGAGUUUACUAAAAAAAGUAUUAUUUGGGGGUUAUUAAAGUGUUUUCUCAGGUGCUGUACUGUUAAGCAUACUUAUGGCUUUUAUAGCAGGAAGACAAUGCAUAAAACGAGAUUGCAUUACUCUAGCUAGGGGUUUGAAAUGCAUCGUAUACAUUUGCUGUUGGCUUUCUUAUGCAUGAAAGGAGUAAGGAUCUCUGGCAAUGGCAGAUGGGGCUAGAAAAAAAUGUGAAUUACACUUGAGGGCAGAAACAGGGCAGCUUCUGAAAGUACACCUUAGUUUCUUUCAUUACACUUAAGAAUCAUGAAACCUUCCUUGGCAGACUAGCAGCCACCAAACCAGGGCUAAGAUUACAGAAAUACAUUCUGAACUGAGGCAUGAGCUGGGUUAAAUUCAGUACAGAUUUACUUAUAUGGGUACACUCUUUAUCAAACUGUUAAUUAGCAAUAGCCGCAUACAAUGUUAAUCUGUUAAACUUGUUCUGUUCGAAAGUCUUAAGCACAAUGGGCAAAGUCCUGUAGUGCCUGGCUUUCCUGGAGAUUGCCUGGGUGCAAGCCAUGGCAGGAUUUGGUUAGAUGAUUUAGCACAUGAUGCUGUGUCUCAACGUACUCCCCCAGGGGUACCCUAUUGUUUCAUGUAAACUUCUCACAAAAUAAUAAAUGUGAAGACUGCUUUUGCACAAGCACAGCGUUAAGGCAAAUUUAUUCUCCACAAUUCUGUACUGCUCCAAAAAUGCUGAAUUCUAAACGGGGUCUGGUGUCAUUCGAUGCUAUCUUCAGGUGUAGCUGUGCAUUAUCAUGAAAUUGCUGGAGUGUAGCUGAAUUGGAUGUGGCAACUAUCACCUGGGAAAUAAAGAUGACACCACAGUCUCUGUUAGCUUCUUGCU